AUGAGCCAUUCCAUUACAUUCGAAAAAAGAGAUAAGGUUUUCAGGAUUCACCUUAAUAACCCAAAGGGUUUUAACUCUCUUACGAUCCCGCAGUUCCUAAAAGUUAAAGAAUUAAUUGACCAAGCUGAUCAAGAUAAUGAUACUCUUGCUACAUUAAUAACAUCUUCAGGAACUUUUUUUUCCGUCGGUGUUAAUAUUAAAAGUAUAAGCAAGAUGACGGGAAAAACGGAAAAUUACUAUUUGUCUGAAAUAUCUUCCAAAAAUAUGCUUUUGGUGGAUGUCAUGCUUCGACACAAGAAGUUGUUGAUUUGUGCAUUGAAUGGUCCUGUUAUCGGCUUAGUUGCAUCCCUUGUCUGUCUCUGUGACCUUAUAUAUGCUAUCGACAUGAAUAAAGUUUAUAUGAGUUUUCCUUUUACUGCCAUUGGGCUCACAAAUGAAUGCGGGGCUUCUGCCAGUCUUGUUGCUAGGAUCGGCUUAAGUAAAGCAUUAGAAAUUAUAUGCUUAAAUAAAAAACUAAGUUGCCGGGAAAUGGUUAAGCUCGGUUUUUUGAACAGGGUCUUUCAAUUUCAAAAUAUAGAUGAAUUUAAUGAGUAUAUCAUUGCCAAAUUGAAUGGCAAAUUAAGAAACCUUGACAGGAAAGCUUUGAUAGAAAAUAAACGUUUGGUGAAGCAGGACUUCAGAAGCAAGGUGGAAAGUGUGGUACUACGUGAAAGUAUGAUGGGUUUAGAUAAGUGGGUGGCGAACAAUCCCCAAAAGGCAUUUUCUUCAUUUUUGCAGAGUAAGAGAGAAAGCAAAAUUUGA